CCUCGAACUUGAACGGGAUAUGUAAAUAUAAAUAAAACAACAGUGUGCUUGAAAAAUCGAUAUCUUGCUCGCGCGAAAAUGUCCACGGACAGUGCCUACGAGUUAAUUGGCGAUUUGGUGCAGGAACUGGGCCGCGAAUCGGGUGGCAAGCCGUCGGUUUCGGCGGUGAAAAAAUGCAAAUCCGUAGCAUUUGGGAUUUUGCUGGGGAAGCAGCCAGCAGCAGUGGCCAAAGGUGAUGAGAGCGCUUUGGAACGGCGCUUGAUCCAGGAGGAGCCGGUCGAGAUGUUACACUGUCACCUGUUCCACAUGCAGCUGAGGACCCGGUAUCGAUUCCAGAAACGACGGUGCGAUCGAUUCGAACGGUUGCUGAACGAGUUGAAACUGGAACGGAAGGAGGAGAACGAAGGGUUGCAGGAUCAGAGGGAGAUUUUGCAGUUUUUGCUAUUGUUGAGGGAUUCGGUUCCGGAUGGGGGAGAACUCGAAGAUGAGCCCUUUUCUCUGGCUGGAGACAUGAUGCCAUCGAAGCACCUGGGGCCUUAUCCGAUCUUCCGGCCAGAUGACUUCCGAGCGGAUUCGAAGAGAAUCAAUGCUUAUUAUAAAGACAGAGCUUCCAAUCCUUACUGUUUGAAGAAAUCGGGAAUGGUCUUCUCGGAAAAUGUAACCAGCUUGAUGGAGGCCACGGAUAGGGAAUCCAUUAAGAGGAAAAUUUUGCCGCAGAUUAAGAGCACCCAUUUCAGUGACCCGAUGGCGGAGUUGGUCAGCUAUCAAGGACCGUUCCGUUACAACAUGAUGAAGGGAGUGGUCGAGGACGAUGAGCAGCUGCUGACCAGUUUUGAGAUCAUUCCGGGAGAUUCUGUCGAAACACAGACGGUCGCUGUGAGCAGUCAAAGGGAACAGAAUUUCAACUUUAAUUGGGAAAACCUGGGCAAUCGAUUCGUUCCAGUUGAAAGUCCAUUUGCAUCCGAGUGCAAUGCGGUUUUGCAUUUGAAAGCACUGAAUGCGGAUCAUCGAGGUGGAGAAUCGAAUCAAAUUCGGAUAGUACGCAAUGAUGACUUUCUGGGAGAUGUGAAGUUCCUGCUAACCGGAACCAGUUCCCGGUGCUUCCAGUAUGGGGAGGGUAAUCGGUUCCUAAUGAUGGGGAAUUUCACCGUCGAUGGCAUCUCCCCGUUGACUAUCAAAGGAGUGAUAGAUCAGUUCGUGGAACUGGGAACCUGUUUCAGAAGGCUGCAGAAGAUGACCAGGAAAAAUCCAUAUAGUCAUGCAAUGAUCUUGGAGGGGUUCGUGUUUAAGGCGUUUUGUGACUGCGUGGAGCGGAUUCUGCGCUGCUUCCAGAUCGUGGUCAAUAGCUACGAGGGGCGAUCUUUGCUACAGUUGCAGCGAAAAAUUGAACCCAUGAAGAAGCAGAUUUUGGCGUUGGCCAAGUUUUGUGGCAUUCAUCCCAAUUACGAAAGCGACAAAGAUUUCCCCACCGGGUCAGUCUUUCUGGAUCACUUAUACAAGGAAAUUAUCUACAUCACCAGUGGGGAUGUUUCUUCGUUCCUGCUGCACAUCCUGAAGCACUGCUGCUACGCGUAUUUUCUAAUAUUUCAGCAGUGGCUCUUUGGCGGCCAGCUGCGAGAUCCCAGCGGCGAGCUGUUCAUCUACUUUGUGAACCAUUAUCGGCCGAAGACGAAGCACUUUUUCGAUAAGGCUUUUCUGAUCCGCAGGCAGACGGUGCCGGGAUUUCUGAAGGGGUUCGAGGAGGACAUUCUGCUGUGCGGGAAGUACACGAUGCUGCUGAAGGCGUUCAAACCGUCGCACCCGAUCUUCUCGCUGAAAAUCCCCAAGUUGGAGGUAUGCAUCUCGUACCCGGCGGUUAAUCGCUUGCGAAGCCGCUGGCUUCAGUACGUAGCCAAAGCGCGGGACAUCUGCGGCGCUCCGGUGUCCGUUCGGGAGCUCUACGAACAGAAGGAGCACGAACGGGAGGAAUUCUUCCGCCUGGUGGAGGCCAACUUCCGUCGCAGCAUGGACCAGUGGCGCCUGGAUCAGGAUGCCGAAGCACUGGUACUGCGCAAGAGGAAGGAACGCCAGAUGGAGGAACUGCUGGAGCAUCUGAACGAGAUCCGGGAGAGCAAGCUGGCGGCGAAGAAGCGGGAAGUGGAACUGGAGGAAAAGUAUCAGCACCAAGGAUUGGAGUUUGAGAACCGAAGGUUGAUGGCGGAGAAUUUGGAGAGGGAGAAGACGGUUGAAGGGUACAGGGAGUUGAACAGGAUGAUGGAUGAAAAGGUGGAGAAGGCGGAGAAGGAGGUGGAGCGGUUGAAAGUACAGCUGACCGGAGUGGCAGGGUCCGGCGGGGAGAGUAGUGACUUCGAAUCGUGCAUUGGGAGUGCGACGGAGGAUGAUGGUGGGUCGGUGUAUGAAGACGCUCAGAAGAGUCCGCUGAGUGACCAGACUGGCGAUCGAACGCUCAUGGAGAAUCCGCAGGGGAUCACGGAGAGCGAUGUGGUCAAUUGCAAUGAUGUGAUUAGUGAGAUUGAACGAAACAGGCAGAAGGUUUUGGGAUCGAAUUUGGGUGAAUACUUGGCGGAGGAUCAUGAGAAUGCCAAUGUGGAGGCGAUCAAGGAAACGGCUUCGGCUGGGCUGAGACAGUUGACCGAGGCGCAGAGGAACAAGAUGAAGAUUUUGACGGAGGAGUUUGAUUUGCGGGGAGGAGCGGGGAAGGAUGUUGAUGUGAAUAGUAAUCAAACGGAGGAUCGGCACCGAAAUCGACAGAGGAUCUUGAUCAGUGACUAUACCAGUCGGGAAGGCAGGGAGGAUGGGGAAGAGAAGCCCAAGGAGAGUGGUGAGUUGACGGAGUUGCAGAAGAAUCGUAUGAAAAUCAUGAGCCACGCGUACAAUGUGCUCGUGGACGAUCAUGACCGUGGUUCCAAGAAGGAUAGAAAGCCGGAGAUGUUCUUGAAUCUGGACACGGAUCGUGCGAAAAAUCGCCGCCGGAUUCUGGAAUGUGAGUAUAACAUCGUUACCGGAGCGCAGAACUUUGCCGAUACGCCGAUGUCGGUCGACAGCGAUACGGCUAGCGAGGAUAUUCAGGUACCGGCGAUCGUGAUCGAUGAUGUCCCGCAGGAUGUGAAUGCAAAUCCGAUCUUGGGGGAGGAUGGGAAAUUGAAGUUGGACACGAUUGCAGCGCGGGAGAAGUUCAACGAGAGUCGAUUUGGCGUACCGGACACGGCGGUCUUGGGACAGGAAACGCCGGAAAGUGGUUUGAACACUGCCGGACUUCACGCUAGGCAAGGCUUUGAGUUUCCGGUGGUCAGGAAGAGUUGUUCGGAACUGGAGAUUGCUUCGGAAGUGAGUUGCGAGGAGGAUGAGAUAUACAGGGAGUUUGUCGAGGCGUUGAAGAAACGUGACAUGAACUUGUGCGAAUUGGCAAGCGUUAAGAAUGACCUGGGGAGCAUCUCGGAACUUAUGGAGAUGGACAGUGAGCUGAGGAGCGUGGACGUUUUGACGGUGACGCGAUUCCUGCAGAGUUCGUUGGUCAUUCCGCUGAAAGCGCACAUGGAGAUUGUGAACAACGAGAUCCUGAAGAUGUGCUUGAAUGAUCUGGAUAUUUUGGGUCACUUUGAAAGUUUGAGAAACUACUUCCUUCUGAUGGAUGGCGAAUUCUCCUGCUAUGUAUGUGACAACUUGUUCAAGAUGCUCGAAGGGGUGCGCCAACCGGAUGAGUUACUGAACUACCAGACGCUUCAUACGAUCUUGGAUUCGGCGCUGUGUUCCAGCGCUGCAGGAGCGGAUAAGAAUGCAGAUCGGUUGUCCUUCAACGUGGAACAAAUUCCGGAACGCUUCGAUCUCUACCAUCCGAAUGUGGUCAGCAUGUUGAAUCUAAGCUACCGCGUGGAGUGGCCUCUGAAUUUGAUCUUGAACCCGGAAACCAUAGAACAGUACACGAACAUCUUCAAGUAUCUGGUAAAGGUGCGUCGGGUUAGUUUCGUUCUGGGAAAAUCGUUCCAACUUCUCAAGGAAGCGCACAAACAGCAUGGGAAGCUGAUCCUUCACUCGCCACAGUACAGCCGUGUUCAACUGAUCUCGCACAAACUGUCGCACUUGGUGAAUGCACUGAAGAAUUACAUCACCAGCAGUGCCCUGUUGGCCUCCUGGGAGACCUUUCGCAAGGACCUGGAGUCCGCAGAAUCGAUGGAGGAUCUCUACCGCAAGCAUACCAGCUACAUCAAGAGGAUUCUGUUUCUGUGCUUGCUGAACAAGAAGAGCGUCGAGUUCUACAACAACGUGGAGGAGAUCUUCAAGGUUGUGCUGCGGUUCUACAAGCAUCUGAAGUCGAAACCGUGGAAACCGCAGGAUAAAACUAAUCCCAGCUCGCCGUACGUGCACCCAAAGUACGCCCAGAUCCUGGAAGACGAAAGCGACUUCGAGAAGUUGAUCAAGUACACGAUCUACCUGGGCAACAAGAUGUACGAUCAUGGCUAUCAUAAGGAGAUUUACGAAUUCAUCUACGUGAUCAACAUCAACGGGUACUACGGUCCUGUUGGCGGUCCAUCAAUGUGAGUGUUCCUAUAAACUUUUCCGCACAACUGCAGUAGUGCAGCUUGCUGUUUAAGAGGUGAAGACCGGUAAGUGAUUUUCCAUUCCUGUUUUACGCUGCUACUUACCGACUCGAAUCGAGUGCUGUCGUAUUUCGCGAUUAGAUAAAAAUGGUACUAAAUGAAACCAUCUAUUAAGAGUAUACAUUACCAUUGGAGUCUACCCCGUUUGGUAUGCAGUCGUUUGGCAUAAGAGCAUUUUCAGGUCAAAUAGCAAAACAAAUUGAAAUUCAGAUUUGACCUUCUCUGAUUUGUAUGAACUUGGCAUAAUUGUUUGGUAUAGGCAAUGAUUUAUGUUUAAGCUAAAAUUCGGUCGUUGGAAUCUCGCAAAAAAUUUCAAAAUGGAGCAUUCGAUAUUUUUUAACAAAUCAUAACUCGAAAACGUCCCUUCCAAUCGAAGUGACGUCUGAAAUAAAGUUGUAGGAAAAAGUAAUUGCUUUUCAGGAAAACUGAUUUUGGCUAAAAGUGAUAAGUGGGGUAACAUCGGUCUUGUCCAAUGACGUCAGCAUUAGGGAGGUAGUCAAAUUUGAUAAUAAAAGAUUUGUGAUGAGCGUCAAGUCUUAAAAUUCCACAGGGCGAUUCGAGAACUUCGAUCCUGCUAGCAUCACUAACGAAAGCCACAUCAAGUAAUCUCUCAUUCACAUUACGUACAUCCUGUAUCUGCUGGAAUCCACACGCAAGGACGGACUGCGUCAACGCGAUUUCUUGUUCCGAGGAAGCGUUGAUUGGGAUGUAAGGGUUCAUUUCGGCAUCAAAUUCCCACACGUUAUAGUCACCAAGGGCGAUGACAGUGUCCGUAGUUUCAGCAGGUUUCAGCGAUAUCGCACAAUUCAGUGCCAACAUUUCAAAGGGGCGUAAUUGCUUUUGUAAACAAUGACUUUAGCCGUCAAUUUUUCGCUAAUGAA